AUGUUCGAAAAGGUGGGACUAUGCCAUGUGUCUGAGCUCCCCGAAGGUCAUAGUGAAGACAUUGAGUCAAAGUACAAAACUCAGGAAAAAUUUAAGGCCAAGAUUUUGAAGGUUGAUGAAGAGAGACAAAGAAUAUCUUUAGGAAUGAAGGGAUCAUAUUUCGAUAUUGAAACACAACAUAUUCAUGAUUCUGAUGCACCUAAAGAUUCUGAUUCCGAAUCCGAUGAUCCUAUCCUAUCUGAGACCUCGGAAUCACUGAUUCCAUUCUCUAAACAUCCAGCUUUAGCUGAAGUGGAAUCCAGGGCUUCUGUUCUUCCUCUUGAAGUUACAUUAGAUAAAGAAGAAGAUGAGUCAUCUAUAGAGGUGGAACAAGCUCAAAGUCCAGAGCCUCUUGAUAACAAAAAAAAAUCUGAAAAGAAUGAGAACGAAAGUAAGCAAACCAAAAAGAAAGAAACAUAUGAAAGGGAACGAAAAAUUAGGGUUGCAGGGGAGAGACUAUUGCAGAAAGAUGUUCCAAGAAUAGUUGAUGAUUAUGAGAAGAUGAUAAGAAGCUCUCCAAAUAGUAGUUUUAUCUGGAUAAAAUACAUGGCAUUUUUUCUCUCGUUAAAUGAAUUAGUUGAAAAGGCUCGAUCAACGACUAAAAGGGCUUUGAGGACAAUUAAAAUAAGAGAAGAGCCAGAGAAGCUAAAUGUUUGGGUUGCUUAA